CACCAAACCACCUCAUGGUUUAUCCAGAGGAUCUGCAGCAACCUGGAUAAGGACCUUGUGAUCUCCAGGGAGGAGGAGUUAGGAGCAGUGCUGUUUCUAAAGAAUUCAAACAAUAAGGAGUUUGCUCAAUAUCUCCAGGAUCAUGUGAAAGAUCUGGCCGUUGCUCUAAGGGCUGAAUUUUCUCAAGGUUGUGAUGUUGAGAAGAAACUUAUCAAUCUGCCAUUCAAGCCGCAGGACGAGCUGUUCAAGAGGAUGUUUGGUUGUGGAAAGCAGUGUCCGUUCUGCAAGGUCCCCUGUGAGGCAGGAGGCCAGGACCACAAAGAGCACCACGCAUCAGUGCAUCGACCACAAGGGCUGGGUAGGUACAGACAUGUAAGUAACGAGAAACUAACCGAGAAUGUGUGCACCUCUAAUGUAUUCAGCGAAACCAAAUUCAGGAAUAGUGACACAAAGGGGGAGUGGCAUCCCUAUAAAGACUAUCGGAGAUUCUACCCUGACUGGAACAUUCCCCCAGAUCCCAGUAUUGAAGCCUCUGACUACUGGAAGUACGUGCUGACUACAUUUAAUGAAGAAUUUGCAAAGGAGUAUAAAGCAAAGCCUGCUGAUGUCCCAAAAGAAUGGAGAAGCAUAACAAAAGAAAUGGCAAAGAAAAGUGUGAGUAAGUUGUUCAAUGUUAAGACAUAAGCUGUCAAACCUGCAGUUAAACAAUGCUAAUGUCAUUGAAAUGAAUGGAGCCUCUUUUGAAGUGGCACAAAGAUGCCUCCUAUACUUUUCUAACAGCAAUAAAUACAUCUAUUGCAAUGGAAGAAAAAAAGGUUAAAUAUGUUUUUUGGUUCAUGUCUUUGAAUGCACUCUUGGAUAUAUAUGCAAAUCUAUUCCUCAAAACAGACUUCAAUUUAUCUCAAAGUCUGUCUGUAAAAUCACUUUUCAAGAGUAAAUCUGUUUUAU